AUGGCGUCAAGAUUGGUCAAACCAAAUCAUCCGACAUAUUCAUAUGUCAUUCAACCUAAAGAAGCACAACGACAAAAAUUUCGACAAUCCAUUGUUAGUUCAUCAAAUGAAAGUCCGAAUGUGGUAAAUCUUAUGUAUGAUCGUCGUGUUGUUCGUGGAAAUACUUAUGCUAAAUAUCUUCCUCCUAUAAAACCUCGACCAAAUCUAUAUGAUCUUCAACGUCAACAAGAAGCUAGACGACGUGCUUUAGCAAGACGUAGAGCUCUCGAAUUAGUUCAAACUAAAACACCUGAACCAGUAGAUAAUCGAAAACAUAUGGUUGUUCAAACAGAAUUGUAUCUUGAAGAACUCAGGUAA